AUGGCAGGUAAAUUCUUCGAUAUGCCUAAAUCCACUAAAGCGGCGCCACCCCAACAAGCUAAUCUGCAAGAAAUGUGGGGCAAGAAGAAGGAACCUAUCCUUUCUAAACUCGAACCCCACGCGCCAAAAGCAGAGGCCGACGCGAUGGUCGUGGACACUCCCAAAGAGGAGAAAGCUGAGAGUUCGAAACGGAAAGAAAGUGGCACUCCAAUUGCCAGCUCUCCUAAAAUUAAGAAACGCAGGAUUAUUGACUCGGACGACGAGGACCCUAAUGAUAUACCACCAAGGUCUUCUCCCGAACCCACCUUGAACGGCUCUACAAAAUCCUCUUCCCCUAUUCCCGACCUUUCUUUACCGUCCAGCAAGGUGCGAGACAAGGAACAGGCUUUGACGCUCUCUGGAACGACGACCAACGGAGUGUCACCCCCUGAUGAUGCAGAAUCAUCCAGCUCCGAGGAAGACCAAGGAGAAGAGGAGGCGGAGGACCUGGAGGAAGAAGAGGAUGAAGAGGGACUCGCGACUGAGAAGGCAGUGAAUACAAAGAGCGCGCAAGUUGCCCUGCAAAAACGGGACGAUGUGGAUAUAGAAGGUGGCUGGCCUGUCGGAAAACCUGUUCCGUAUGCCGCUCUUUCCAAGGCAUUUUCUUUGAUUGAAGCCACUACAAAACGCCUAGAGAAGAAUGCAAUUCUUACCUCGUUCCUUUUGUUAGUUAUCCAGAGAAGUGCUAAAAGCGACCACGCCUCGCUGCUUCAAGCUGUUUACCUAUGUAUCAAUCGAUUAUGUCCAGACUACGUGGGUAUCGAGCUCGGUAUUGGGGAGUCUCUCUUGAUCAAAGCUAUUGCGGAGUCUACUGGACGAAGUCUAAGCGUCAUCAAGGCAGAUUUAAAGAAAGAGGGUGAUCUGGGGUUGGUUGCAAUGAACUCAAAAAACAGUCAAAAGACACUCUUCAAGCCAAAACCCCUAACGAUUCCUUUCGUAUUCUCGCACUUGAAGGAAAUUGCUUUAUCCUCUGGACAUUCAUCACAAGCCAAGAAAGUUUCUAUAAUUACAAAGCUGCUAGCUGCAUGUCAAGGUGUGGAAGCAAAAUAUAUUGUUCGAAGUCUGGAAGGAAAGCUACGGAUUGGAAACGCUGAAAGAUCUGUGCUGGUUGCUCUUUCGCAAGCAGCGGUGUUGGCCGAACGCGAACGAUCAAACAAGAAAUGGAGUCAAGAUCAGCUUGCUGCACGACUAGAAGAGAGUGCAAAUAUAAUGAAGUCUGUUUAUAGUGAAUUGCCAACAUAUGAUCUUGUUAUACCUGCUCUUCUGGAAGUUGGAAUCGAUGGCCUUCGACAAAAAUGUAAACUUACGCCAGGUGUACCCCUUAAACCCAUGCUGGCCAAACCAACAAAAGCCAUUGGAGAAGUACUCGAUCGAUUUGAAAACAAAAGAUUUACUUGCGAAUACAAAUAUGAUGGCGAAAGAGCUCAGGUGCACUUGCUUGAAGAUGGUUCGGUCAAAGUGUUUAGUCGAAACUCUGAAGACAUGAGCAAGAAAUAUCCUGAUUUGGUAGACCAACUUCCAAAAUGCAUAAAAGAAACCACUAAGUCUUUCGUGUUCGACGCUGAAGCAGUUGCCAUCGAUCGUACAACUGGCAAGCUCAUGCCUUUCCAGGAACUGAGCAGAAGAAAGCGCAAAGACGUCAAGGUCGAAGAUAUUACAGUCCAGGUGUCCCUGUUUGCAUUCGAUCUAUUAUACCUCAACGGCGAGCCUCUACUUCAAUUACCUUUGUAUAGGCGUCGUGAGUUGCUGCGAGAGCAUUUCGUAGUCGUUCCCGGAGAAUUUGGCUUUGCAAAAUCUUCUGACAGCGAAACCACUGAAGAGAUUCAAUCUUUUCUGGAAGAGAGUGUGAAGGAUGGCUGUGAAGGACUUAUGGUCAAGAUGUUGGAUACCGAUGCUAGUUUCUAUGAACCCAGUAGACGAAGUGUUAACUGGCUCAAGCUUAAGAAAGAUUAUCUGGCGGGAGUUGGUGAUUCACUGGACCUAGUUGUGGUCGGAGGCUACUAUGGGAAAGGUAAACGGACGAACGUUUAUGGUGCUUUCCUCCUUGCCUGCUAUGAUAGCGACUCGGAAGAAUACCAAACAAUUUGCAAGAUUGGGACAGGAUUUAGCGAAGAAGUACUGCAAACUCACUACAAUACUCUCAAACCCUUAGAAACGACGAAACCCCGAGGCGACAUCAAAGUGGGAGGUGCAAAGCCUGAUAUCUGGUUCGAACCAAAGAUUGUAUGGGAGGUCUUGACUGCUGACCUGAGUCUGAGCCCGAUCUAUACCGCUGCACAAGGACUAGUAGAAGACCGAGGUAUAUCUCUGCGCUUUCCACGGUACCUCCGAAUCCGGGAUGAUAAAUCGGCCGAUGAUGCAACUGGACCGGAGCAGGCAAAGAUGUACGAAAGACAGGCAUUGGCUCAACCCAAAGGCAAGAAAAAGAAGGGGGGAGACGCAGACGACGAAUUCUGGUGA